CCAUGCGUGCGACUCCCGCAGCUUCUCAAUCGUCCACCCCAUCCUUUUUCCCUUUUUCUGCUAGUUUUCUUUUCAUUCUUUAAUGUCUUCCCGAUCAGCAGAUUCCCUUAAAAACCAUCUUUUGGCGAUCGCCCAACUUUCUUCUUCAUUGAUUUCGAAGACAAGAAUCUGUUUCUCACUCUAUCCAGCUCUUUCUUUCUCUCUCAGAGAUUCUCUUUUUCUAUCUCUUUCUCUACCUAUAUUGCUUUUAACGAUGCCUUGUUCCUUAGCUCUACAUUCUAUUAUUUACCAACUUCUUGUUCCUGUUCUUCUUCUUCUUCUUCUUCUUCUUCUUCUUCUUCUUCUUCUUCUUAAUUCCCUUAUUGUACGGUCGAGGUUUCUACCAAUCCGAUACUUGGGCUUCAAUUUUCAUGGCUUCUUCAGGGGUGAACCAUCUCGCUCAACCCUGCGUCCAUGGGCAUUUUGUCUCUUCAUACGUUGAGAAGAAGUCUCGCCUCAUGAAGUGGAUUAGUAAGAUAUUUAAGGUGGGCUCAAAACAAGGGUCACUGAAUGGACGACCUCCACGGUUCCUCGGUGAGGAAAACAUGGCUUUUCAUAAUCCAAAUAGAUCCAUGGAUGAACAUUCCAGAUCUGAACAUGAGGAACUGGACCGUGCAGUUGCACUUUCUCUUGCUGAAGACUUGAAAAGACCAAAUGGAUACAGAAGACGCACAAACAAUGAUGAAGAUCUAGCUAGAGCACUCCAAGAUAGUUUGAAUAUGCCUUCAUAUCCUCCAUAUGCUCCUCCACAAUUUUUCCCUGGAGGAUAUAGUAUGCAUUCACAUUUACCUGUCAGAUAUUGUGGUGGCUGCAACCAUGAAAUAGGCUUUGGGAAAUAUUUAGGAUGUAUGCAAAAUUUUUGGCACCCGGAAUGCUUUCGCUGUCAUGCAUGUAAUUAUCCAAUUACUGAGCAUGAGUUUUCUUUGUCAGGAAGGAAUCCAUACCACAAGUCUUGUUUCAAAGAAUUGCAUCAUCCCAAGUGUGAAGUCUGCUAUCAAUUUAUUCCAACAAAUGGUGCUGGUUUGAUUGAAUAUAGAUCUCAUCCAUUUUGGUGCCAAAAAUAUUGUCCUUCACAUGAGUACGAUAAUACAGUCCGUUGCUGUAGUUGUGAACGGUUGGAGUCAUGGAACGCAAGAUACAUUUCUUUGGGGGAUGGACGGAGUUUGUGUUUUGAAUGCAUGGAGACUGCCAUUAUGGACACUGGUGACUGUCAACCCCUUUACCAUUCUAUCAGAGACUACUAUGAAGGGAUGAACAUGAAAAUCGAUCAACAAAUUCCCAUGCUGUUGGUUGAAAGACAAGCCCUCAAUGAAGCUAUUGAAGGAGAGAAGAAUGGCUAUCAUCACAUGCCAGAGACAAGGGGUUUAUGCCUUUCUGAGGAGCAAACUGUUAGCAGUAUACAAAGAAGGCCAAGAAUUGGGGGUAACCGCCUUUUAGGUAUGAAAACACAACAACAGAAGCUGACCCGAAAAUGCGAGGUUACAGCGAUUCUCGUUUUGUAUGGCCUCCCAAGAUUACUAACUGGUUCCAUUCUUGCUCAUGAGUUGAUGCAUGGGUGGUUACGCCUCAAAGGAUACCGUAAUCUAAGCCCAGCGGUGGAGGAAGGCAUCUGUCAAGUGCUCUCUUACAUGUGGCUUGAGUCCGAGGUCAUGCCUGAGUCAAGAAACAUGCCAUCUACAUCAACUGCUUCAUCAUCAUCAACAUCAUCAUCAUCCAAAAAAGGUGGAAAAUCUGAAACAGAGAAGAAGCUAGGUGAAUUUUUCAUGAAUCAGAUUGCUCAGGAUACAUCCACAGCCUAUGGGGAAGGAUUCAGAAUUGCCAAUGCAGCUGUCAAUAGGUAUGGACUGCGUAACACCCUGAAUCAUAUUCGCAUGACAGGGGCUUUUCCUGUGUAAAAAUGACUGCAGCUCAUGUUUGUGGGAGGUUUUAAUCCCUUUGGAGAUAGUUUCUACUGUUUUUACUUUGAGCUGAUCAUGGAAGCUAGGAUUAGCUCCCCCGUCAUUUUUCAUGGGGCGAUUUGUUGUUGGUUUAUUUGUUAAAUAGGGGUUUCCAUAAUGUAAUAAAGUACAUAUUUAUAUGACUUCUGAAAGGGAUUCUUCUUCAUCUUCUUUGCAUUUA